AUGGCUAUGAUAGAACCUGAUUUUGGACUGGGAGGCAAUUUGCCACCUCUCGACAGUCCCAAAAUAUCUAUUCUCACACAAGACCACGAUGGAUCUAUAGCUACAUUUGUCAUAAUGCAAGAAGAGCAUACUCUUGGAAAUGCUUUGAGGCACAUCAUUCUGAAAAAUCCUGCAGUCGAGUUUUGUGCAUACACUCUUCCACAUCCUUCUGAGGCCAAGAUUCACGUCAGAAUACAAACGGACGGUUCCUGUACGGCAAUGCAAGCUCUAGAUAAAGGCUUACAAGACUUGAUUGCGGUCACAACCCACGUCAAAACCGUGUUUGAACAACGAAGUGAAGAAAAGUACGAAGGCUACUAA